AUUUUAGUUUUUUCAAUAUUAUAUCAAAAAUCGGAUAUUCUAAUUACUCCGUAUCAUGUCUCGUGUUGCGACCUACGUGUUUCUAGAUCUUGAGACCACGGGGCUCCCUUCACAAGAAAUUGGUAAAACUCGUAUUACCGAAAUUAGUUUAAUUGCCGUAAAACGUAACGAUUUCCUUGAUACUAAACAAGGAAAUGUACCUCGCGUUCAACAUAAGGUUACACUUUGUCUAAACCCACUGCGGAUGAUUCAGCCUGAAGCAACAGAAAUCACUGGUCUGUCCAAUGAGUUACUAGAACACGAGCCGGCGUUUGAACAGAAUGUUUUCAACAUAUUAAACACCUUUCUUAAUAUGCUUUCUAAACCAGUGUGUCUUAUUGCCCAAAAUGGACUUGGUUUUGAUUUUCCGAUUCUCAAGCGUCACAUAGAUAUACUUGGCAAGAUGUUAGCUGAAGAUUUACUAUGUGCAGACUGUUAUCAUGGAUUUUAUGAUAUUCUACAGAAAGAGAAUAAUAGAAACUUAAAAAUGCCUGUUAUGGGUACCUCAUCCAUAAGUGAUGUUACUGAAGUAGACAGCUUAUCAACAUAUACAUUGGGUGAAAGUAUAUUACAUUCAGAAAACACAUUGUGGAUGAAAGCCAUAAAUGAAUCAACUCCAGUUAAACAAAAUUUAACUAAAGAAAUUUCAAGAAGUAACAUACUUAAGGCUAAACGUAGGUUUCCAUGGAGUAAAGGAAAUCAGCCAAGAGAAAAGUAUAAGUUAAAAAAUAUACAUGAAAGACUCUUAAAUCGUCAGGAUGUGGAAGCCCAUCGUGCUGAGAAUGACUGUAUAAUGGCUUUGGAAUGUGCUGUAGUAUUGGGAAAACAUUUUUGUGAGUGGGUGGAUAAAAACUGUGUUCCCUUCUCAAUAAUAAAACCAAUGACACCUGGUGUUCCAUUAGGAUACUAAUAAUUAUCAAAUUUAAAUAUAAGAUUUUUACUAGUAAAGUUUUUAACAAUUUGUAAUUUCAAGUAUUAUAUUUUAAAUGCUUAUAAAUUUAUAUUUUUGUAUGCAACAAUUUGUGAUAAUUUAGUAAUUAAAAAGUUAUUAUUUAAUUUUUAUAUUUUAGAUGUAUAGUUUUUAACUAUUUUACAAUUUUUAAGUUUGAUUUAUAUAAAGGAAUGUAAUAAUAACAUGCGUUGUAGUAUCAAUUAAGGAAGGACUCUAAGACAAAUUGUGAUAAGUAUUUGCAUAACUACAUCUUAACUUAUUGUAAAAAAAAUAAUAAAAUUAUACAUAUUUUUA